AUGGAGCCCCCCAGCGCCCCUCCAGCGCCCUCGAGCCCGUCCUCUGCUGAAUACCCGCGCCUCCGCCCGCUCCCUCGCCCGCCCCCGCCCGACCCCCCCAUGCAAACCGCUGCAGCGUCGCUCGCACCACCGCCGCGCAGAAAACGCUUCUCGCUCAACGUGUCCGCGCCCACUUCCCCCAUCUCGCCCCCGGCCGCCGCUUUCCCCUUCGACGACGCCUCGCGCUUCUCCACGCGGCCCUCCACCGCGCGUCUUUCCCCGAGCAGGCCCUCCUCCACCUACGGCGUCCCAGCUUCGGGCCCGCUCCCCGCCGCACGCAACUCCUUCUACCGCGUGCCCUCCGACGACCACCGCAACGCGUCCCUCGACUCGCUCUCCGACUCCUCCUCCAUCAAGCUCCUGUUGAUCGGCGACGCGGCCGUCGGCAAAACCGCCAUGAUCCUUAGUUACGCAAACGAGCUUCCGACCCGCUCCCAGCUCUCCAUCGUGUCCUCGGCCGCGGUCCGCAAACCCCCAGCCACUCGAAACAAGCUCCAGAACCUGAAAACCAUCGAAAAACGCAAGCGUUACAGUCUGAACGACUACGAAGAGCUUUUCCACAACCCAGCCUCUUCCCCCUCCCUCCUCGAACCCACCGCGCCGUCGGACCCGCCAUCUUUGGAUUUUGACCCCAACGAAAUCGUCAUAGACACUAGAAGCACCAUCGGUGUCGAUAUCAAGACCAACCUCGUCAACAUCGACAACCGCUACUUCAAAAUCAUCAUGUGGGACACUGCUGGACAGGAGCGCUACAGAAACGCAAUGAUCCCCUCCCUCUACAAGGGCUCCAAUGGCAUCCUUCUAAGCUAUGACAUCUGCAAUAAAGUUAGCUUCGAGAGCUGCUGCACCCACUGGCUCCGUGAAGUCUUGGACAAUUGCCCCAACCUCCACAAAUUGCGGUUUUACCUCGUCGGCAACAAAAUCGACCUUUACAAAGUGAGGCAAGUCACUCACGAAGACGUCUUGCACUACAUCCAUACAAUUCAAGACCAAUUCGGUAUCACAAUAGCGGGCAACUUCGAAGUCAGCUGCAAAUGGCAUCAAGUCGUGGAGCGCACUUUCAACAUCAUCAUCAAAGAUUUGGUCGAGCACGGGUGCUACGAAGAUGAUCAAUUCUCGCAUCCGCCCAAACCUCUCGUGGUGUCUGCACAGCCCAACGAUUCACAAGACGUUGUCUCCCUGGAGGCAUCUGAUCACUCGGACUCGCAUUCUGACAACGGCGUCACCAUAAGGCGUCGCGAAACUUUUAACAACGAUACCAUCGACAUCACAAGACCAUGCCAUCUCGAUAACAACAACAAUAAGCCUACGUGCUGUGUGUAA